AUGGAAAUUGAUCCAAAUGUGAACUUAGGGGAGUUCGAAGAGGAUCUGGUUGGUUCUGAAGAAGCAGCAGUUUCCGCUGAUAUACGUAAAACCAUCGGUCACUUGAUGACUUCUUUCCCUGGAGUGGAUGAGUAUAUGUCUUAUACAGAGGUGUUUCGGUUGGUCCGCAAUAUGGAUUAUUCAGUCGUCAUUUUUGAUACUGCUCCUACUGGCCACACACUACGAUUGUUAGCGUUUCCAGAGGCUAUGGAGAAAAGCCUUAGCAAAGUACUCUCAAUGAAAAAUCAGUUCGCUCCAAUUUUAAACCAAUUAAUGGGUUUAGUCGGAAUGAACAGUACACAAGGUGGUGAUUUAACAAAUGCAAUAGAAACACGUUUACCUAUCGUUAAAGAAAUAACAAAGCAGUUCAAAGAUUCCACUCAGACUACAUUUGUAUGUGUUUGCAUACCCGAAUUCUUAAGCAUGUACGAAACGGAACGCUUAGUUCAACACAUAAACUUAAUUCUUGCACUCAGAAAAGAGUUAAUUCAAAUUGUCACAUCUCUGGCUCCAUUAAAUUAUUAA